AUGAAUGGCUUGAUCGAGGCCUUUGCCCAUAUCUCGGCUCGUGCCGUAAAUGAAUGGCCACAGGGUGACAAGGGUAACAGCAGCGACACCAUUCUCGGCGGCGUCCACUUCAACCUCACGACCCUCAAGUACUUCAACUACACAUUCUACAGCAACAACACCAUCUCCAACAACUCUAAAUGCUACCUGACCUUUGCGCCCUAUACUCCGGCUUACGUCUUCCCGAACGGCACAUGGACCAAUGCCACUAAGUGCUAUUCCGCGAUCGAGAACAUCAAGACUCGUGGUUUCGUCGGAAUUGGAUUCGCUGUUGCUUUCGGAAUUGCUCUUGUUCUCAACCUUACUGUCCUGGCUAAGCAUGGAAAACUCUACGUGCCACGCGAUUCGCGCUUCUAUCCCAUCGGUCGUCGCUGGCAGUGGUAUUGGGCCUUGUUCAGUGCGGCUGCGGCUCUUAUCAGUCUCUUUGUCGGCAUUGAUAUCGAUCGAUACUAUCUCCAGGAAUUGCCCAUCACUGUCAAUGUCUUCUUUUGGUACCUCCUCUGCAUGGGCACCGUCGCUAUGACUUGGGAAGCUGUUCGUCAUUGGGGCUCCUGGCAGGAAAGGCAAUAUGUCGAUCCUAAUCCAUUUAUCCUGCGCGAUGAUGACCGUCGUUCCAAAGUUGAGUUUUGGUUACCGUUAUGGUUUUACCUCUGGCUGUGGCUGAACUUUUUCAUGGUGGUUCCCCGUAGCUGGAAAUUCACCCAGCUACAGCACUCGGAGGAGCAGACAUUGGCCAAGGCGGUCCCUGGAGCAACUAAUACUCGAUUCAAGGUUGGCGCCUUCUGUCUCGUGGUAGCCUGGCUCACUAUCGUCUUUUCUCUCCAUCACUCGAUCAAGCAUUAUAAGCCCCGACACCGCGGUAUCGUCAACCGCGCUGUUGGCUUUCUUCGAUACAUCCCUUUCCGCUUCUGGCUUAUCAUCCCUCUAUCAGCGGCUACCAUUGCGUAUCAGGCCUUCAUCUCAUGGGAGUUUGACUACUCCAUUGUCAAGUACAACGGAAACAUCCCUGUGAUCUACUGUUGGGGCUUCCUGCCAACUCUGCUCAUCCUUUACAUUCAGUAUCUCUACGGUUUCUUCAGCCCUAAUGAGGACAAGAGUCUGAUCCGCAAGAGACGAGAGCGUGGUGAGAUGAUCAACCGAGAACUUGGCAUCGUUAACAAGCCUGCCUGGUGGCACCGUGUCAGGGGUGACCAUCUCCUCAGCUUCAAGGACAAGCUUACUCGCAAUGUUCAUGAGAUUGGAGGUGGUAGAGCCACCGGUCGACGUAUUGAAGGAGAUGCGGAACGAGACCUGCGUGAGGAGGCUUUGGCUGCUGCCAGAGAUGAUGAUAUCGAGAUGGGUCACAUGCAUCGCCCCCUGGACGCUUCCAACAACCCACGCUCUGAUCGGGCUGGCACUGCUUCUAUUAGCUCCAAUGCUUCGCGAUCGUUUGUCCAGCCGUACACUGGUAAGAAUGAACGUCGCCGUCAUGAGCGCAAUAUGGAAGCUGUCGCGGGUAUUCUCUUCCCUAACAACCUCGCCGAGGACCGAGCUCGCCGUGAAGCGCAACUUGGACUCGACGGCCCCCCUCCGCCCCCUUACAUGGACGGACAGGGUCGAGGUCGAUCCUCCGGGCGUCCCGGAUCUACCGGUCGCAGCAACAGCACCGAGACAAACAACUCCAUCAAUGCUCCUCCCCAACAAAUCAGGAGUAUGUUGGAUAUUUAA